UGGGGACUGAUUUGUGAGAAUGCCUGGCUGUCAUCUCUCUACCAAAUGGUCUUCAGUUUCGGCUCCAUGAUCGGGGACGUAGUUGGAGGCGCCAUGGGUGACAGAUUAGGUCGUCGCGCUGCAGUACGAUAUGGCUCACUCAUCUUGCUGGCCUCGGUCCUCGGGAUCGGCCUGGCUCCAUUUUACUCCAUCGUCCUCAUGUGUAGACUCGUGAUGGGCCUAACUACCUCGAGUAUCUUGUACCCUACUUACAACUUAGUCAUGGAGAUCACGCCCACAUCACAGCGAACAGUGAUAGGAAUGAUACUCGGAGCCCCGUAUAGCAUUGGGGUCAUGGUCUUCGCGGCUCUUGGCUACUUCUUGAGAGACUGGAGGACGCUCCAUCUCACUUCUUCUGUUUUUGCCUUCUUGUUAUUGACAGUCAGUUGGGCUGUCGAUGAAUCUCCCAGAUGGCUCGCACAAAAUGGUUACUUGGACGAGGCAAAGGAAGUUUUAAGGAGAGCUGCCGAUUACAAUAAAGCUACGCUUCCAGCAGCCUCAGAUCUUCACCAAAUUUUGUUUAAACUGGCUGAUGAGGGGAAAACCUACUUGAAAACUGAGACGUCGUGUACGAGCACGCUAGAGCUAGUGUUCAGCAACUUGCCAAUGGCUGUCAUAACACUGGUUACUCCUAUGACGUGGUUUUUGAUGGCCGUCGUCUACUUGGGAAUACCUCUGAAUGUCAACAACUUUGGAGGUAACCCAUUUGUUUAUGUCGCCCUCACUGGAUUGAUGGAGUUGCUUCCUGCAAUUGUAGGAAUCAUUUUCUCUAAGAGGUUCAGUCGAGUUCCUGUCAUGGCGUUCACGUUCUUCUCUGCAGGCCUCUGCAGCUUCUUGGUUCUGGCUGUUACUGAAGAUGUGUGGUGGCUUCGUUGGAUUCUCAUUAUGGCAGCUAUGGAGCUAAUCAGCACAAGCUACACGAUGAGUUAUGUCUGGGCGCCAGAGUUAUACCCGACUGUGAUUCGAUCGAGAGGAUGCAGCAGCUGUGCUCUUGGAGGUCAUCUAGGCUUCUUCGUAACUCCUUUCAUUACGGAUGUUGUGGCACAACAAGUGUGGUGGCUGCCGAACAUGAUCCUCGGGGUGUGUGCCGUUAUGGGCGGCGUGUUAGUCUGCCUUCUGCCCGAAACCAAAGGGCUGGACCUCUGCGAAACUGUACAGGAUGUCAAGGAAAGAUCGAAAGCCGGCAAACUGAAUCGAGCAGCUGAACUGUACAACACAGACGUGCAUUCUGAUCUCGUUUCUGCGUAGAACAUCCGAGAGUGAGAACGCAGUCGGUGAUGACUCAGAUGCAUCCAAUUGCAUCCACUGAUAAAGCUGGUGAGAGUGCAGUCAGUUAAAAUCGUUGUACUUAAUUGCAUUCACUGACAAAGCUGGUGAGAAUGCGGUCAGUGAAAAUCAAUUGUAUUUAAUUGUAAUAACUGAAAAAGCUGGGGCGAGAAUGCAGUCAGUGAGAAUCAGUUUAUGCAGUUCCAGUCACUCAUAAAACUGGCGAGAUUGCAGUUAGUGAGAAUCAGUUGUACUCAAUUGCAUUCACUGAUAAAGGUGGUGGAAAUGCAAUCAAUGAGAAUCAGUUGCAUUCGCUGAUGAAAGUAAUUCAUGAUUUUUUUAAAGUGAGACAAACAAUGAAUGUGAAAACUUAUUUUUCUAUUUUUAUCCUCCAGACCCUCUGCCGUAAGCCUUUGUUGGUUACACUCAUCCAUCCAUUAGUACUUAAAGAUAACAUUUGCAUUUACUGCUGUCUCGUAUGUUCAAUACCUGCGUAUCAAGUUAUUUAUUAUGCAAUACAGUAAAAUCCAUAUAUUGGCCCAUCGUUUUAAGGGCCAAAAUAUUUAAAAUAAUAUUAAGGAAAUGCAAGCAAGUAAAUAAUAGAUUAACUCAUGCACUUUUUGGUGCCGUUAUAUAUAAUAUAAGAUCCAGGAUGCUCAUAUCGUCGUCAUUAUUCCAGAUGAGGUAAUGUGUAGCCUACAUGAAACAGUGGUUAAGAAAAUUCAAUUGACUCAAUUUUCUUUUAUUCGUAUUCAAUGACACCUAGGUCCCAUGUGGGGGUGUGUGUAUGCGUUGAUUUUCAGAUUGAAUGGCCAUGUGGUGAAACUAAACUGAAUUUUAGGGCCACAUUCGGUACGAUUUCAUUCAACCUUAAGCCCUCCUGCACUAGCUUUGAUUGAGACCAAGUUACAGUGCUGAGGAGUUUACUAACUUACUCAGUCAAGAAACCUUGCAUUUUAUUCAACAAAAGUGCAGUUGAGAAACAAUCAACUGUAUUUCCUGCACCAAUUCUUUUUGGGUGAUGCCACACGGGUUCACAAAGACGCAUUUAAAGGUUUAACACAUAUAAUUAAUAUUUAAAGAACAGAACAAUUAUUCAAAUUACGUUAAGAAGCAAGAAAACUAACACAUUAUGGCAAAAAUUAUUAACAAAACGUUACGUUACUUCGAUAGAAAUAAAACAUAAAUGGCAAACAGGAUCUCAGAAUAUCCUUAUGAAGAAGUUACUGCAAUGGCGACGACGAUUCACGAGGUGAUGUGGCUGGAUUACAAGAAUAUCUUUUUUUACUUGCCUUCGUGGAGUCAGAUCAUGCUAGAAUCAGAGAGCUUCACCUUUCCACCCUAGAAGAAAACUCGGGAGGAGUAAUUGCAUAACACAGUGUCACAUUACAAAAUUACAGGGUUACGUAACAAACAUCAAUUUAAAAAUAAACAUACAUACAAAAAAAAAAGGGGUUUCGUCCAGAAGGCAAGCAUAAAUUACUGGCAUGUGCCCUUACAAUAAGAAAUUAAUAUAUAUAUAGUCUCCACAGGAAGAAGUUUGACAACACUGUAAUUAUACGUCAUCUAAUUUUAUAGAGAUGGACAAAAUAUGCAAAAAAAGUGGUUUAUUACUUUGAAUAUCAAUGUACUAAUUUAUACCAACUCAUUCCUAUAGUUAAUAUAAUAAAACUACUUCUGUGGAGCAAAAUAAUCAUAUAUCAACGUAUUUUCAUAAAAACUGGGAAAUUUUAUUCAAGGGGAAUAAAUGGCAAUUUUUGACAGGCCAUAUAUCAUUUAAAAUUGAUAUUUUUGAUCUUCUGAAUGCCACUAAUUUUUCAGUUCCUUUUGUAUAAUCCAUUUUAAUUUACUUUCAGUACAGCUAAAUUUUUGUA